AAAGCGCAUGCUCGGGCGCACUACAUGGCCGCCGCAGGCGCCACCAUUUCCGGUGUGUCUCUCUUUUCUCCCGAUUGCUCUCGAUACGUUCCAAGAUGGUUAACGUGCCCAAGCAGAGGCGUACUUUUUGCAAAAAAUGCAAGGUACACAAGAAUCACAAAGUGACGCAGUACAAGAAGAGUAAGGAGAGACAUGCCUCGCAGGGCAGAAGGCGUUACGAUCGCAAACAACAAGGGUUCGGUGGUCAAACCAAGCCCAUCUUCAGAAAAAAAGCAAAGACGACAAAGAAAAUUGUACUAAGGAUGGAGUGCACGGAAUGCAAAUAUAGAAAACAAAUUCCAUUAAAGAGAUGCAAACACUUUGAACUGGGUGGUGACAAGAAGAGAAAGGGUCAAAUGAUUCAGUUUUAAGCUAUUCAAUGUUUUACAUUCUGCAUUCUGUAUUUAAUAAAUAAAUCUAUAAGGAUUUGUA